AUGGAUCGAUACAAAAUUCUAAUUUUGGGAAGAAGUGGAUCAGGAAAAUCGGCGCUUAUUCAUCGCUUGAAGAACAACGUUUUCCCUGAUUCGGAUGCCAUAACAUCUUUCCCGAACGUCACUGUAAUUGUUCGAGCAAUUCAUGGAAGCAUAAUCAAAGCAGAUUUAGUAGAAUCAGACUUGACCGAUUUCCUCGCAAAGGAUGCCAGUCCUGACACAGCGAAAGUCCAUCUUGCUAAACAGACGUUAGACGUUAAUGGACUGUUCCUUAUUUAUGAUAUUACAAAUUCGGAAACAUUUUGGGAAAUCGAUGAAGUGCUACGAGUCAUUCCUCCGGAUGUCGAUAUUUGUCUCGUCGGAACAAAAGCAGAUAUGGUAGAUCAUCGUCAGAUUUCGUUUAAGGAAGCCGAGAACAAAUCUCAUCAACUCGGUUUCUCUUUGGUUGAGACCAGUGCCAUGAUGGGAAUUAAUUGCGAGGAGUUGUUGUUGGAAGUAUUGGAUAAGGUAGCGGAGAGAAGACUGGAAGUCCGACAGUACUUGUCGGAAUCAACAGAGGUUUGUGCUUGGAAAAUGGUUCAAGACUAUGUAAGAUGUAUUCACUAUGCAAUAUGGUCUAUCAAACAACUAUUUCAACAAAUGACCAAGAAUCUGCUGAAUCGAGCAUCUUUUGUUGGAUUCCUCGACUCUUGCGGAGGCAGAAGCGAUGAUGUAUCCUAA